AUGCCUUAUUAGCAAGAAGACUCAGAGAAUGAUAAACUAAGAAAUGAGCAAAGUACCAAUCAAUAGAAUAAAAGUUCAAGAUAGACUGUUUUUAGGAAAAUAUCACCAAUGCAAAGUUAAAGAUAAAAGAGAAAGUGGGAUAUCAAUUGGUUACUGUUUAAGGAUAAUAGAGAAACUAUGAAAUAAUACACUCUGGAUAAGGAUGAUAAAGCUUAAGCAAUCAAUCAUCUUGAAAAUACCAGAGCAUAACUUAUGGAUAUUAGCCUGGCAAAUUUCAUGAAGGAUAAAGAGUUCAAAUUAAAAUCACGGAGAAGUUAGGAGAUUGAUGAUGAGGAAGAACAAAUAAACAUUGAUAAACUAUAGAAUCUAACUCACCAGGAAUAUCUAGAAUGCAUGGAGCAAUAUGUGAAGCAGAAAAAUCUCAAUCUACCCUAGAUUGAUCAUAGAAUUACUCUCUUCGAUAAUUUAUCCUCUCAUCGAGUGUCUUUUUAUGGAAAGAGUAGAACAAGUAGCAGGAAUAUGACCUCUCCAAAGAGUAGGUUAAACGAUAGGACUAUUCAAAGUUUACUAUUAGAUUUAAAGCCAACAUAAUAUAUACAGCAAUCUACAGUAUAAGACAAUAAUGAUAUUAUUAGUAGGAUUGCCUAACCAAAGGAAAGUUCAAGGAGUAUAGUCGAUUAAAGUUUUUAAAGCCAUUUUAUGAUGAACCCACAAAUUAAGUCAUCCUCAGCAUUACAGACAAAAGAAGCAAUUGAUGAAAGGAUUAAACUUCUUACUUCUUAAAAGUUAAGCCAGCUGACUAAGCUUAGAGGAUACUCAUAGUCAGUUACAAGGAACCAAUACCUUGAAAAAGAACUUUCCAAAGUAGCUAAACAGGACGUCAAGGAUUUAAGUUAGUAGAUAUUUCAAAAUAGCAAAUCCAAUUUUGACUCAAGCUAACGGUUUUACCAGGAUCAGCAGUAAUUUGUCUCUGAAAAAGAUGUUGUUGUAAGCAAGCUGAGACAAUAUGUAUAAUCAAAGAUAUCUGCACAUAGUAGUCAUCAAAAGCAUGGCCUUUUGAGAAGUCAAAGAACAGUUAAUAAGUCUGAGCGAUGGUAUGACAGUGAUGAGGAGUUUGAUGAUGAGCCAGAUGAGUCUGAGGUCGUUAUAAGAAACCUCAUUUAAAACCAAAGAGAUCUUAUUCAAAAACUGAUGGGAAAGAAAAGCAAAUCUGAGGAGAAGAAUCAUUAAAAGCUGAAAAUCAGCAGAGAGUUCUAUGAUAAGAACAAGUUAUAUGAAAAGUUUAAAUAAGAGCAUACUUAAAAUAUCAAGUAAGCUUUGGAUAUUAUCUAGAGUAAUGGUAAUGAUAAAGUAUUAAAGAGAAAUUUAUAAGAGUUUAUUACAAUUGGUGGAGGUAAUGGUUUUGGAAUUGGAGGUAUGCUUUUGAAUUAGUUUAGUUGA